ACAUAUCUAUUAUAUCUCCAAUGGCAAGUGAGAAAGUAAAGCUUUUGGGAUUUUGGGUUAGCCCAUUUUCCUUCAGAGUAGAGUGGGCACUAAAACUGAAGGGUGUUGAGUAUGAAUACAUUGAAGAAGAUAUCUUCAACAAGAGUCAUUUACUUCUUGAAUUGAACCCAGUGCAUAAGAAGGUCCCAGUACUGAUUCAUGGCCAGAGGGUGAUCCUUGAAUCUUUUGUAAUUCUCGAGUACAUCGAUGAGACAUGGAAACAAUGUCCAUUGUUGCCUCAAGAUCCUUAUCAAAGAGCCAUCGUUCGAUUUUGGACUAAGUUCGCCGAGGAGAAGCUUUUGGAAAAUGCAUGGAUGGCUAUGUGCUCAGAAGGAGAUGAGAAGGAAAGAGCUCUGAAAGCAUCCAUUGAGGCCAUAGAGAAGAUAGAAGCAGAGCUAAAAGGGAAGACACAGUUUUUUGGAGGGGAAAGCAUUGGGUAUUUGGACCUUGCACUUGGAUGGAUCUCUUAUUGGCUUCCUGUUUGGGAGGAAGUUGGGUCCAUGAAAAUUGUAGACCAAAUCCAGUUCCCAAACACCACUGCUUGGAUGAACAAUUUUCUCAAACAUCCUGUGAUCAAGGACAAGUUGCCUCCCAGAGAUAAGAUGAUUGUUUAUUUCAAAAAGCGCAGCAAAGAAAUCGCAUCCCUCAUUGCUGCUGCCAGAAAAGGCUGAUUAAAAGUUUUAACAUUUCUAGUUGUUUUUCGCUUGCUUCACUUGAUGAAGAUGAGAAUAAAUGUUGAAAAUACACUGGAAUACAUAACUAGCUAGUAAUUAGUUAUAUACCUAAUGGUAUGGAUUGUUGGCAAUGUAAUAAAACAAUCAUGAGUUUUGCUAUGUUCUGUCAGUUGUAUAUUUUCUGAUAUGGAUAGUUUGAAUUGCAUAUUUUCUUA